AUGCAAUCCGAAUUAGAUUUAUUAAAACAACGCAUCACUGAGCUCGAAGCUGAAAAUAUAGAGCUUAAACAUGAGAAUACAAAAUUAAAGCAGAUUAUAGAAGAAAAUGUUGGGUUUAAAGCCAAAAUCGUUAAGCUAGAACGAGCCGUUGAUAAAAUCGAAAAGCGGGACCAAAGUAUUAGCAGAGCUAGCAAGGCUAAUAAUGAUUCUCCAACCAAUUCAUCAUAUCUCAAUUAUCUACUCCACCACCUAUCGAGGAUCACCCUGAUAAGGAUUAUAGCGACACUUCGAAGUCGCCCAAGUUGUCGUAUGAUGCAAAAACCACCAGAAUUGAAAUGA